UCACUCCCCUCAUGUAUCAUACAUGUUCUUCGUGCAACGAACCCUACACACUUGUAAAACAUGCCUAUGUAACCAGCCAUCUUGUGAACGCUCAGCUCCAUGCAAACCAGGCGCGGGAGCAGACGGGCUCGGAAAACAUUCGCGAAACGGCUUAAAGAUCCCGAAAAAUCGCAACAUCACCACACGGCUGUUAUUUUAUUGCCUCGCACAGACGCCUUGGAGGGGGGGCAGCCAAAAGCCGUUGCGAAACGGCGACGUAUCUGCUUGCCCAUAACCAAGAUGGCCGCCGCGCUGUCAUCUCGGCUCCCGUAGCGCAGGCUUGUGCAAUGUGGGCACGGAAUCCCCAGGGCUGCCCGACGGCGCAUGCGCAACAGGAAACUCCAUGAUCUGGCUCUGGAGCCCAGGGAAGGAAAACAGCCACUGAGAAGAGAGAGGGCAGGGGGAGCUGGGAAAUCUACUAGCAAGCACAGGCCUGAGCCAGCUAAGUGCACAAGCUGACCACUUAUCUUCUCAGGUAAAAGGGACCCCCGGGUGCCCCUCACACAGGUUCCCUGGGCACUCGCUGGUCAAGCGUUGUCCUUAUGCAUCCAGACACAGAGCAGAAGACAAGAGCAACCCCCCACUGCCUGCCCAGAGGAGCCUAAGGAGGGGCAGCUGCUGCUGCAAGAACAACAACAACAACAACAUCCAAAAAACAAAACAAUAACAAGAAUGAAAGGGAAGCAAUAAAACAGGGGCAGGCUUUAUUGCUCUUUGUCUUUUCAUUUAUUUACCUUCCUGCCACAAAAGGCCUGCGAGGAAGGGGGCAGCUGCUGCUUGUGCUGGAGGGACAUCCCUGCCCUGGGAAGCCUGGCCUGUCAUCACUUCACUUGCCACCAACAAACUUCAUCUGCUGGAGACAAGAUGGAUCCCUAGCAAUCUCUGUAGAUAGAUCUCUCGGAGCUCCAAAGGAAUACUCAAGGAGACAGUGAUUACCAACCAACUCUGCCUCUUCCCACCACGGGAACCUGACACGCUGUGACUACACCAUGUUGGGCCGUGAGGAUCGCACACAGACCUAACGCCUAUACUGUGCCGCGAUGAGCAGGUACAAGAAAGAAGAGAGAACAAAAUGAAUGGCGGCAGUGAAAGUGGAGGAGGAGAUAACUAUGGAGGGGUCCCAGUGGUCCAGGUGCCUAUUGGCUGGCAAAGGAGGGUGGAGCCAGGCACCGUGCUUUACAUAAGUCCAAGUGGUACAGUUCUUACCUCUAUGGAUCAGUUGAAGACCUACCUAGUAACGGAUGGGACCUGUAAGUGUGGGUUGGAGUGUCCCCUUAACAUCUACAAGGUUUUUAACUUUGAUCCUAGAGCAGUGGUGAAGAGGCGCAGCGCAGAAGACGUAAAAGCUGAAGAGGACAUGACCAAACUCUGCAAUCAUCGUAGGAAAAUUGUGGCCCUUGCUACUUUGUACAAGAGCAUUGAAAGUACUCCCCUUGCACUACAAAAUCAAGCUGCUGGAUGUGGCCCAAGUCAAAACUUUCAUUCAACAUCCACCAGCCCAAAGAUGGGACAACACCUCUGUUCUCUCGAUCCUGACAUGUUCACCAAACUAAUGAUGGAGAAGGCCCAUAGCAUGCCUGCUCACCAUUCUGAGAAUUCCUUGGAUCACAAAUCGGAUACUUUAACUCCCAAUCCUGGAGAAAGGUACUCUGGCUUACGAUCCACCCAGCGCCCUGUUGUGCCUAGGCAGCAUGGGGCGUCUCUUGGUGAGUCCUAUGCCUUAAGAAACUGUCCACCGGUGCCAUCAAAUGGUAACUAUGAGUUGUUUUCAAGGACUCCCCAAGCCAUAUCUAAUGAGCUGUGUUCCAGUUUUACGCAAGUAAAGUCUUCCCAACACCGGCCUUCCUAUCCCUCGUGUAGUCAAGAACUUUCAGGCCUCUCCCCAAAACCAAUAGCUCUUAAUGCUUGUAGCUUUGUGCCAGGUGGCACAUUUUCAAGGACGCUGGAUGAGUCUCCUCAGGUCUCUCGACGGCCUUUUGUCUUUCCUGAGAAAGAUCCGCUCGGCAUCUUGGAUUCCCACAGCUGUAGGCCACCUAGUCCAAAGCACCAUGUAUUAAACUCGCCUCCAUUAAUUCAGUCUCAGGUUCCCUUAUUGAAUAUACACCCUACUCCUGAGCACAACACAAGCAACACAACCUCCCUUUCACUGCCUCCUCCUCCAUUUUCACCCUUCACUCGUAGUGGAGUGUUGACAUCUCCUUCUACAACUAGGUCUUCAAUAUCCUCUAUUUCUUCCCCAGCUGGCAGCGUGGAGCCAUCCCCUCAACGUUCCCGCCACUCCUCUGCCUCCUCCGAGCACUUUCCUGCCCCCACAAGGUCAAGUUCUAGAUCUCCCAGGCCCAUUAGCCCUCCCAAGCGCUCUGUGCCCCACAGUCCAAAAGCAAUACUUGAAGGCCUCCCUCUUUUUGGGCAGGCCCAACUGGGAUCUUCUUCAAAUACCAGCCAUGCCUUAACCCACCAAAGCAAUAAAUCAGCACCACCGGUGUCUUUGGGAGCAGCGCAAGGCUUACUGGGCUUUCCUCUCGGGUGCAUAUUGGGCCAGCAAAGCAAUGCUUCCUUCCCAGCCAGCAGCCUCCUUACAGCAGCUGCUAAGGCCCAAAUGGCAAAUCAAACCAAACCUGAAGCCGCAGCCCCUAGCACUUUACCCAGCCGAUUGCUGAAUCCCAAUACGUUGCUUUCUACAUCUGUCUCACAGGAAGGUCGGUCUCUUCCCAGCAGGACUCAUUCCCAGAGAAGGGAUGUAAUGGUGAAGCGGAAAAGACAAAAGAAUUCUCCAGGCCCUGAUGCCAGUCCACAGGAUACUAGUAAGGUUCUCCAAACCCCUAGUAGUCCUAGUGGACACACUCGAUUAAAUUCCUAUGUAUCAAAGUUAGCAGGAAUUGGGGGACAGCUUGAUGAAGACAUGGGAAAAUCCAAAGUUCUUAAUACACAGUCAAUUUAUGGUCAGACUCCCUCUUCCCUUCAAUAUUUUCGUACAUCUGUAGAGGAGCCCCUAAGCCAAAGCAAAAAUCCAAGCAUGUCUCCAGCUUCUCAAGAUAUCAGCAACCAUCUUCUUGGCCUUGUAGGGCAACUAGUCCAGACUGCUACAGAACAGAACUCGGGGACUCCUUUACCACUGAAGUUACCCUCAACACCCACUGGGGCAAAUCCACCUUCAUCUUCUGGCCGACCCAACCAGUCUCCAGUACCAAAAUCUUCUCCAGCCCCGAGCCUGGCACAAAGUGGUAUCACAGAAGGCAACAGUGAGCUGCCCUGUUCUCUGCCUUCUGCUGGGGAAAGCUUCUCCUUCUUGGGCCAGGAACAAAUGUUGCCAUUCUCUGUCACACCUGCGCUUUUAAACCUAGCCAUGCUGGGCUCAUUGCCACUAUCCUUCAGCUUGAACCAGCAACAACAGCUGCUCAACCAAGGUUUAGUCAAUUUACUUUCCUCCUAUUUAUUGGGAGGUGCAGAUCUUGGCCUAUUGGGACUCCAGAAUCCUCCAUUGACGUUACCUUCUAUGGGUGAUCCAGAAACCAGUGCAUUGCAAGCUUUGCUGAUGGCAUCUCUUCUACAUAAUCCUCUUUUACCACUGGGAGGACUUGGACUACCACAGCUCGAUAUUCCACCUCACAAUCAACAACACAAUAGCCUUCUGUCCUCUCUCGCACCUUUGCUGGAUGCUCUGCCCUCUUCACAGACUGACACAACUGAGAAACCUGAGACACACCUGACCUUGCCUGAGACUUUCUCUGAAAACUCACUCCAACCACUGCUCUUCCCUCCUGUCUCUGCCUCUCCAGCCCUCAUGGCCCUGAAUUCCGCACUACUGGCUGCCAGUUUAGGAACUGUUGACUCCUCUGCCUGCCCAGGACAGAGUUGCAUCAAUACCUCCUGUUCCGGGUCAGCCUCUGUUACUACAACCACUAAUUCAUCUGCCUUAUCAGAAGGGAAGAUCCCUCCGUCCGAGCCACAUAGCCCUUUCCAGCUCCAGUCAACACAGGCAUCGGUGCCUGGAAGACUUAACACGCUAAUGCCCCCUCUGCUCAACCCUCUGCUCACUGCUGGUUUGUUGGGUGAAAUGGCAGCGCUGAACUCAAAUCCUGGUGCCCAGUUGGGAAGUCUUCAGUCUUUUUUGGGAGCUCAGGCUCUGCUGCAAAACCAACAGACAUUUUUACCAUCUCUCCCCGGAGCUCUGGGAAUGCAGCUCUUCCAGGGACAGUCACUUUUGCAAGGGCAACGGAGCAAUGCUCAGAAUCACUCAACGUCGGAGAAAGAAGUCAACACUUUGUUUCAGCCAGAGUCCUGCAUUAUACCCACAUCUCAACCCUCAUCUAUCUCUCAACAGCCAUCUGACUCCAAUUUCCCUUCUCAGAGAUCUCAUAUGACUAACAGGUCUCAGACUUUGUCGCUGUCCUCAAUGCGACCUGGUUCAUUUGUCUCCAACACCUCAAGUGCCUUUGAAACUGGACUCAUUUCCAAAGGCUCCCCAUUUCAGGGACCAGUCCGGACUGACCUUCCUCCAGACACACCUUCUGAUCCCCCAAGAACAGAUACAUUAACCCAGUCAUUGGAUCCUUCCUCCUCUGAGACAGAACCAGAAGCAUCUCCACUGAAAAGGUGUAGGAUGCUUACUGAUGCUGUCCUUCCCUCUGAAGUCCCUAAUGGAGCUUCCCCAAACCUCCCAUGGAUAAGUUCUCCUCAUCCACCCAAUAUGUUAAACCUUGCUGAAAGAGAACUCUCCAAGGGUAAUGAGCGAGGCUAUAGGUUUAAUGGUCGCUCCCGAGGAGAGAGGUCUUAUGGUCGUCGGCCACGUGGUGAAAGGCUCUCCAGUUCACGGCACUCAUACUGGAGGUACAAUGGAGAGGAAAACACACAGAAUGAUGGAGAAGAAGCCGGUCACAGCCAGGAUCCGACCCAGCCUGUGCUGGGAAUCUCUCCAUUUUCUCACCAUUGGCAGGAAGAGGGAGGACAGCCCGGGGAGCAGGAGGUGGAUGUGCCACCCCAGCUGCUGAAACGCUCCCGUCGAGGCAGAAGAAGAGGGCAAAAUUCACAGAGGAUGAAUUCUCGCCUAGAAGAUGUUCCUGCAAAGUGGUCAAGUGUGGAUCCCGCUAAUGGUCUAAAUGCUGAGCGUCCCAUUGUCCGGCAAAACAGGCCUGGCCGUCCUGCCAAGAACAGAAGACGGAGGAUGAUUUAGCAUGUUUUAGCCAUUUUUAUUACAAUAACAUAUUCGGCAGACCUGUAUCUGCUGCUGUCACCUCAAAGGCACUUCCCAUAUCCUCAGACAACCUUACAUUUUAGACUGCAUACAGCUAGCUAGAGAUAAAAUGUAUAUUUGUUCUUUCCUGUAAAAGGAACAAACCAUAAUGGUCAUCCUUUUUUACACACUGCACUGGUUAUGAACCUUCCCGCCCGUUGUCUGUUCUCCAUGGUGGCUUUAACUCUGUACCCCUUAGGUGUGGUAAGGGAGCUUUGGAUCUCUGAGAACCUCCUAUGGUAUAUAUCAAGAAUUAAUAAGAAAAGUCUGAAAUAUAUUUAUCCACCGACAUAUGUACUUUCUGUACAUAUAUACUUUCUCUUGUAUCACAUAUCACUGCUGAUUAAUAGGUUGUCAUGGUCAUCUCAUGCUGACUCGUAUAUAAAGAGUUGCCUCAUGGACUUCAAAGUGCAAAAUAGCCUCUGGAGAAUCAGAACAACCAGUAGCUUGGCAAUAUACAGACUGCAUCUCCCAGCAUGCUUUGUUAUCUCUGUAGAUUAAAGAAGCAUGCUGGGCUCUGCAGCAAGCUGACUGGCUACAUUCACCUAUUCCUUAUCACUAGAUUGAGCCAUAGUGUUCCAAUGGGCUCUCAAAAGCACAAACUACAUGUAUUUCCGUGCUCUUUGCCAUCCAUGACACUAUUUUAAUUUAAUUUAUUUUCUGCUUUAUGUAUGUUCUCCCUGCUCUUCUGCAACUUGUUACAAAUGGAUGUCAAUUGUACUGCUGUCAUUGUUUAUCUCUGGCUUGUUCAACUGCUAUGCAGUGGCCACAUCACAACAUUUAAGCAGCCCUUUUAAAUAGAUGCUCAUAUGUGUAGAGUUUUUAGUGAUAGUACACAACUGUUUUAUUUAAUUAUCCUUCAUCAAAUCACUUUUUAGUAAGAGCUGUUUUAUUAUCCUAAUAUUUUAUGGCCAAAAUAAUUCUGCGGGGUAUCAGCAUUUUGUUGAUUGCAAUAUUUAAUUGAUAUUUUAAUGAAUCACAGAGUGUAUUCAGGCAAAUUGGCUUUUAAUCUUAUGCCCACACACACUUUACCUAAUCCUUUUACUAUUGUCAUAUAAUUGUACCUAAAUAUUUAAAGAUAAUAUGGCCAGUGUGCCCCCUCCUUUUGAUUACUUUGGAUCAUUUGCCCAGAGUGACUUAAGAAUAAUAAGCUUUGAUCAUUUUUAGUGUUUCUCCUUGCAGCUUUGGAUUGCUCUUGCUUCUAAUUAAGUCAUUCCUUGAAAGACGUGUAAGCUGUGUUCUGACAGAUGUUUCUGUAGUGCUGGAUGUACAGGGAGGAAAUCGCCAAAAACAGAACACAAGUCCAGAGUUCAUUUUAUUCAGGUUCUUGUAUAGUAACAAGCCAACAUAUUUUGGAGGUUCAGAUGGUCUCCUUCAUCAGGACUUGGUAUUGUUGAACAAAGUGUGUACUGGACUGAUAAAAUUGGAGGGAACCUUGAGUGUUUUGUCCAGAUAAGUGCAGCAUGUUGGAUUUUUAUGACAUAAGAGUCUGAGUAAAAUGAAAUCUGGAUUUUAUACACACUGCUUUUGGUGCUUUCUUCCUUGAAUACCCAGUCCCUCCUCAAACAAAAAACAAUCUUCUGCCACCACUCCUGGAAAAGCUGCCUUGGUAUAUCGUUUAUACUGCUUAAGAUUUUAUUAAAAACAACUUCACUUUUAAGGUAUUUAGCUCCCCACACCUUACUUCCUGAGAUGUUUCCACAGACAUUUGUAGAAUAAUGCUCCUCCAGUUUCUGCUGUGUUAAAGUGGAUCUUCACUGCAUCUGAGCAUCACAAACCAAAAACACAAUUUUUAAUAGUCAAAGCAAACUCCCCAU